AUGAAGAAAACAGCACUGGAGCCACCAUGGCCAACCUGGGGAAAAAUCAGACGUGACAGUAUUGGCGAGCCAAGUGAUUUUAGGCAUGUUGCUCAUGUAGGUCUCGAUUAUGUUGAUCUAAACGAUGGAAGUCCUCGGAUACAACUGAGUUCAGCGGAUGAGAAGUGCACUCGUGUUCGAAUGCCAGUCGGUAACGUCAAAGGGAACACGCAAGAAAUGACUUUCAGCGUGAAUCUCGAUGAGCCUGCAUGCCAGUUAUUGAAACUGCGAAAGCCGCAAGAAAGAUUACGCAAAGGAUUGAAAAAAGAUCCUGUGUUCCUUUCAUCUCCCAAAGAUUUUCGGCAUUUGGUUCAUAUCGAGGAUACUCGUUCGAAUGCUUGCAAUUUCGUCGCUCCCAAAGCAGUAAACGACCCUACUAUUUGUAAGAUGUUCCAUGUGAUUGACAGUAAUAUCGAAACAACAGAAUCAACUGAAUUGUCCACCACUAAGCAAUCUUCUCCCCCAAACGAAGCCUUCUGGAACAACAGUGAUACUGUCAACUCACCAUCGCAGCGAUCAACAGCCAUCGAUGCGAGCAAACAUCACGAAAUCGGUCCACUCAGAGAAUUGCUUCCAAUCGAACUUCCAUCGCAUCAGACACGAACUGUUGUUGAUCACGACAACGGUAGGAAGUUAGUUAGCGAGAAGACUGCUCAAGAAAAGGAGCCUAAGCUACCAGUUUUGUUGGAUGAAAAGGAUAAGAGAAUCGAUGAAUCGUUGGACAAAAAGCACAACUCACAUUCAGCGAGAGACACUGAAUCUGAAUCUGGAAAAUAUGAUCGAUCAAAACAAUCCGGAACAGCCAAUCUUUGUGACCGUCGAUCAGGUGGUAUGGAACAAGGGAUGAGCAACACUAAAGACGAAGAAAGUAUUCGAUUAAGCACCGACAGUCACACGUCGAUGCCAUCGGAAGAUUCAACUGACCUUCGUCAAGAUACAUCCCGAACACUUCAAGACAGAAAAUUCUCACCCGACCGUGAAGCACCAUCGGAUCAGCCACAGGAACCGCCGAUGGUUCCACCACGGCGUAACAAACGACUUGACUCAAACAGUCGGAGUAAGCUGGAAAAAACGUUGCAAAAAGAAAAUGUUUCAGAAAGUAAAAUUAAGGAGAAAAGGAACAAUGCAAUCGAAAGUAGAUCAGUUUCAUCGCCUGGUAGUAUGGAUGAUCGGAAGUCGCCUCCAGAUACAGUAAUCAGAAGUAUUUCACAACAAGAAAGACCAAUGAAAGCAGGUAGGCCAAAGGCAGAAAUUGCUGGAAAUGGCGAAAUUGUGGUAAUGCGUCCUCCACGACAAAUGGCAAGUACGCCAGAAGUUCGAAGAUCUGUCUCAAAUCCUUCGCCUUCACCGAGGACUCCAUCAUGUGAGGUGAGAAGUGCAAUCGGUGCGCUUGAUGAUGUACUUAAUAAAGAAUCAUCUCGAGCCGUUUCAUCCGUGUCGUUAUCAAAGCAGUUAUCAGAUGGUACGGAUGAAAUGUUGAAUAGUCAUGGAUGUGAUGAUCAAUUAAUUGAUCAUCCUAAUCAUGAUUUAUUCACUGGGAAUGGUAAUGAGAAACUUUCUGUGAAAGAGUUGACGAAGAAACUAAAUGAUAGUGGGACGAAGCUGAUAUUUGGAGUACAUGUAAGGGGUUUCCCGAAGCCAACUUUAGCGAAAGAGACUUUGGCUGAGGAUGGUGGCAAUGAAGGGGAUCAUAGAGAUGCUGAAUCUAAGAAUGAUGAUGGAACAACUGAAGAAGAGCAUACUCCAGCACCAUCACCAUUAUCCAAAGUGCAGCAUAUUGGUGUUAAUAUGUUCGGCGGGUGUGAUGGGCGAUCACUUGCAGAUAUUAUCGCUGAGAAGAAGAUGCGCGAUGCAAAACAACACCAGCCACAACAUCUCCCAAAAGUACCAUCAAGAAGCAAAAAGCCGACUCUGAUCAAUCCAACGCAACUAGAUUCUCGAAUUGCAUUAAAUUCUGACAGCAUCACCACGGAAAGCAAUUUGAGUCCGGUUGAAUCUCCGUCAAACAGUGAUUCUGAUGCGAAUCGAACGCAGAAAAGCAAAAUAAGUAGUGAAGCUGAAAUGAAUAAUGAUGGUAUUGCACACAUUCGAAACACAUCUUCACUGGUGAAUGCUAAAAAUGAACAGGAAAUGAGUCGACCGGGUAAACGGUUGAUUGAUCGGUCACAUAAACCAGCAAAUCAACAGCGAGUCUCUGGAACGCUUUCAACUUCAUCGACACCGACAGUGAAACAACGACAAAAUCAGACGAACGAUUCGAUUCGAGAGGGAAUCAGCAAGAUGGAUCGUAUGAGGCAAACGCAAUCAAUGUACAUUGAAGACAGUUCGGAUGGACGAGUGAUACCAUCAUCGUCAGCGUCAUCCUCUUCGCCAGUCGAACAUGACAAUUCAGUGAAGACGCUUCAUGCAAAGCAAAAAUCCAGAGAACGUAAUGAUGCUGAUGUGCAGGCAAAGAAGACAACAGAAGGAAGUGAAUCAUUGGCUGCAGUCGGCACGAUUGCCAGUGGGAAGAUGUCAGAGAAGCAGCAGUUGAAGGGUCAACGUGCACCACAAAAAACAUCUCGUAAUGAUUCUAGGUUAGCAGAUUCAUCAACGGUUGCAAAAAAGAAGCUAGAAACAAGAAAAUCACCUAAAUCAAGCACUGCUGCUGAGAAUACUACCAGUGUGUGCACUUCUCAUGCAUCUAAUCUGAAUUUCAAUUCAAUUAAUCCUGCUGUUGAUACCAAUAAGUCUAUUGUAUCACCUUCAACGACUUCAAGCAAUCAUCAAACUACUUCUUCGAACAAUAGUGCUGCUAAGUCGUCAUUGUCAAUUUCUGUAAGUGAAGAUAAAAUGGUGGAAAAUAAAGCAGUACCACCGAACGUUAAACCGAAUGCGCAACGCUCCGACGUUCAACAAAGACCUGUUCCUCUUCCUCGAAUGACAAUUCCGUGCGUGCCCAAGGAAGAUAUAUCGGAGUCGAAUCCAAAAUUAAAGAAUGCACAAAAAACGGUGAAUGGUACUCGAGAAGCGGCGACUGAGGAAGUGAGUUCGGAAAGUGAAAGAACCAUUGAAAUGACAAAAACUAAUGGUGAAUCGAGGAAGGACUCCGCAAUGAAUCAAAGUGCAGAUGAGAUUCAUUCUUCUGGAAUAUCGAGUGAACUUUUCGUUUCUGGAUCACCCAAAGAUGACUGGGUGCUGCAUUUUUGA